UUACCCCAUUUGUAAAUGACAAAGCCCACAAAAAAAUUCUAAAAAUAUAGGGACGUCAUGCUAUGUGGAAUUGAAAAAGUUGCAUAGUGUAUCUUCGUUGUUACCAAGUUACAUCAGAUAACGAUAGUCGUUAUGAGUCAAAAGGAAAUUCAAAGGCGGCACAUGUAGACAAUUCAGCCUUUACUCUGCUAAAUUUCAAAAAAAAAACUGGUCCAUCAUUCAAUUUUGGCAAUAUCAUUUAUCAUUUGAAGGGGUACUGACAGAAUGUUCACAAAAUAGCGAACAGUGCAGACCAUGAAAUUUAGAUAAGAUAACAGUUUACUUAUAAAUAUUGUCACAUACGUCAGUAUAGAUUAACUCGUGCAAAUUCAUUCCUGUAUACGCUACCUUGACUAUAGAUAAUAAUCGAGACAGAACAUAGAAUUAACUCCUAGACCUAGUCACAUACAUGGACUAAGCACUUGAAAAUUCUUUGGUAUUUAUAUGCGUUUUUGUGAUUGCUGUAAAUAAUUCAUGGAGAGAAACAAUUUAGAAAAACAAAAGACUGUUAGUCGUCAUGGGACUAAAUGUAAUCCCCUUGUGCUGCCAUACAAGUGCGAAAUAUGCAAAACUCCUUUUUCAAACAAAGAAAAGUUAAUGACGCACAGGAAUGUUCAUAUUGCGGUUAAAAAACCUCGUGUGCUGCCGUAUGUGUGUGAAGUUUGCAAAACUUCUUUUUCAAACAAAGAAAUGUUAAUGAUACACAGAGUUGUUCAUGUGAAGGUUAAAAAACCUCUUGUGCUGCCGCACGUGUGCGAAGUAUGCAAAACUUCUUUUUCAAACAAAGAAAUGUUAGCGACGCACAGGAGUGUUCAUGUUAAAGUUGACAAACCUUCAUAUCAGUGUAAGAUAUGCAAGAAGUUUUUUGUACAAAUGUUCGUUUUAAAAACUCAUAUGGAUAUUCACGUUAAACGUCCUUUUUUGUGUGAAGUGUGCUUGAAAUCAUUUGCUAAAGAAGAUCAGUUAACUCAGCAUAAACUUAUCCAUAGUGAAAUAUCUGAGAAAUGUAAAGAAAAGAAAAUCAGGAAAAAAGAUCCAUCGGAAGAACUAAGAACAAGGCAAGUGAAAACUACAGAGUGUUACAAGUGUGAAAUAUGCAUGAAAGUGUUUAAGGCAUUAAUACAUUUAACUAAACAUAUGCGCACUCACACUGGCGAGGGAAUCCAAGAGUGUAAAAUAUGUACAAAAUUGUUCACAACCGCAGGAGGUUUAAAAGAACAUAUGCGUGUCCAUACUGGAGAACGCCCUUUCAUAUGUGAUAUAUGCGGUAAAAGGUUUAAAUCAUCUGGAUAUUUAUGGGAGCACCGGCGCAUUCAUACGUGUGGAAUUUGCAGUACGUCCUUUGCAUCUGUAGCAGAGCUAAGAAGUCAUAGGCGCUCACAUUCAGUAGUGCCCUCUUAUGAGUGCGACAUAUGCAAGAAAUCUUUCAAAAAUAAAAAAUAUUUUGAGUUUCAUCGGCGACAUCAUUCUGCGAUGAAUUUAUAUAAUUGUGAAAAAUGUGAAAAAUCUUUCCUGACUUUACAUCUCUUUAAAAAACACGAGCGUACACAUUCUAGUGGACAUCCUUACCUGUGUGAAAAAUGUGGGUUAACAUUCCAAAUGCCAACAGAUUACCAUAAUCACAUGCGCGUUCAUUCAGGUAUUCGACCAUACGGAUGUGACAUUUGUGGAAAGCCCUUCAUGGGUGCUGCACGUUUAAAGGGGCAUAAGCAGCAUAAGCACAAUGUCGAAUAUACAGUUGAUCGCUUGUAUGAAUGUGAAAUAUGUGGUAGGUCUUUCAAAUGGAUUGGUAGUUUCAAACGUCACAAAACUGUACAUUCUACUGAAAGGCCUUAUCAGUGUCAGAUAUGUAAAGCAUCGUUCAAAACGAAGAUGUGUCUACGGAAUCACAAACGAUUCCAUACAGGUGUUCGACCUUACGGAUGUGACAUAUGCACAAAACGUUAUGUAACUUCAUCAGAUUUAAAGAAACAUAAAUGUAUUCGCACAAAUAAAUGUGACAUAUGCAAAAAAUCUUUCAGAGAGGUUGGUGCUUUAAAACGCCACAUGCGUGUUCAUUCUGCAGAACGUCCAUAUCAGUGUGGGACCUGUAACCUUUCAUUUAGUGAGGCAGCUUAUCUACAGAAGCACAAGCGCACUCAUUCAGAUGUACGACCUUACGAAUGUGACAUUUGUAGAAAACGCUUCAUAUCUAGAUCUGCUUUAAAGAAACAUAAGCUUUGCCAUAGUGAUGAAAGAUUAUACAAUUGUGAACUAUGCCAGAAAUAUUUCAAAGAAAAAAGUUCGUUAAAACGGCAUAAAGAUAAAAAACACUUGGGGAAUGAAUAAAAAGGUAAAUAAUGUGCAAAGUUUAUGAAAAUCAACGUCACAGGAUUCAUUCUGGCAAGCACUGUGUCUUGGUCUUAGCACUGGACAUUUCUCUUGAGUGGUUCGCAUCAAACUAAGGGGCAAGUACUUGUUCUUCCCAAGGUAGAUAACCGCCUGUAUUGGUGAUCUGAGUAGUAUAGGUAGCAGGGUACACUUCGAAUUUUGGCCCCCGUCAAUAUUUGUUAUAACUGGAACUUCGUGAUUUUGGAUGUCUGUAAAUUAAGGUGAGAGACAAUGAUUAUUGAUUCUUUAGAAAAUUUAAACAGCCGAUACAUGUAAAAUUCUGAUGUAAGUUGUAAAACUAACUGCUUCUAGCUUUGUAUGAAUCGGUGAGUCACCUUGGCGCGGGAAAUUCAAAUCACGGAAGGGUUCCAUGCUUGUUGAUUGAUAUUCAAAACAUUUUCGCCAUUUUGUGAAAAAAUGAGCUGGACGGACCCUCAUUCCGUUUAUAUUCUGUAGUUCAGUAGGGACUAUUAAAUUGAGAAAUGCAAUUGCAGGCUGUUAAAAAGUGCAAAAUCGAUGAUUUUGGCAUGCUAUUUUCAAUGGAAUAUGCAAAACAUUCGUUUUGAUAACUUUCAAUCUUCUUGUAUGAGAGUCCUGAUCUUGUCAUUAAUUUAAAGCACAAAACAUGCACGCAUUUAUAAAAUGGCCACCCUGAUUCUACUCAUUAGGGAAGUGCAAUUUUGCUCUCUACAUGCAAGCCUGGCCGUGCCCAAAAUUUUCGAAUCUGAGUGUACCCUGCUACCUAUAGGGGUCGGUUUAACGUCAGGAUUGCGCAUGCAUAAGAAUGUAGUCAUGCGCGGCGGCCAUUUUACAUUCUAUUUUUAGAAUUACAUCAUCUUUUAUGUUUAAAGAAAAACUUGGCAAUGUUAUACAUAGAAACGGUCGUUAUAAAUCUACUUUAAGACUAUCACUUUUUAUGCUUUAAACAUGGCCAGUGAUGUUAGACAUCAACUUACUGAUGCUCUAAAGGCAUAACCCCCUUACUUGUAUUCAUUUUUGACACAAAAAUAAUUUCCGAAAAGUCUUCCUUAAUAAAAUGCCGCC